UGCUGGGAUACCUUCUCCAUCAUGGCGGAUCAGUUGGUCGGCUAACGUCAACGGUUAGCAUAUUCAACGAUUCUUUGAUAUCACACAAUUUAGGCCAGCGGGCAUCGGGCAUUUUGUUAAAGGGGACUGCAACCACCAGACAUAAGCUGGUGUUGAGCGAGGAAGCAGUGUACCAGUGAUAUUUCAAGGACCUUGUAGAAACUCAGAUUACUGUCUCAAUGGAGUCUGUAGUAGACAUUCCCUCAGGUGAGGAUGAGGCACCCGAAAAAGACGACAUAAACACCAAGGAAGGGACUGAGCCACCCCAUAAGAAAAACAAGAAGCACAGAAAACACAAGAGCAAGAAGAAGAAGAAGAGGAGGAAAGGCGAGAAGGAGAGCAGUUCAGAAUCUGGUGCCGAGUCGGAUGUGGAGCCACCACCUCCACCAAGACCAGUUAGGACCACCAGAGCCAGUGCCAGACUAGCAGCAGCUGCAGGAACUGUAGACCAUGCUGCGGUAAAGGAUGAGGCCAAAAAGGAUGCAGUUACAGAUCGUGUGGAUGUGGAAGGAGACACAAAAUCCAAAAAACACAGACGACAUGCUGCCAAAAAGAAGAAAAAGAAGAGGAAGAAAGAUGAAAAACAGGAGAAGAAAUCCCCAUCUCGCUCUCCAUCUGAAAGCAGCUCAGCUUCAGGUUCAGAGUCUGAAGGUGAAGGAGACCUGGUAUCGAGGCAGGUUGCAAAAAGCAAACGUGGGGAGGAGAAGGUAGUACCCGUCCUCACUCAGAAACCUGAAUUCCUUGGAGCAAAAAAAGAGGAGAUAUCAGAUUUGGAUGUGUCUUCAACUGGAGGGAAGGGAGGUAACAUCAAUGAAUUGGAAAAGGAUAUGACAUCAACUUCUGUGAGCCAGUCUGAGAUAACACAGAUGGCAACAGUUAAGGUUAAGUCAGAGGGGAGUAAUGGUAAUGGGGCAUUCAGCCAUGCCCAGGAAUUGCCUGACAUCAUCCCAAAACAGGAAGGUACUACCCCAAGAGAUGACCCAGGCCUGAAAGAUCAGACCAAUUCAGUUCAGAGGGAUUCCGUCAAGGAGUGCAAAUCGUCCAGGUCUCCUUCCCCUUCUAAAGGCCUUGACAUAAAGAGAACAGAGUCAGGUCAGAGUCGGUCACCGUCACCUAGUCUCAGCAGGCAGCAGUCUGGUGGUCAAACAAUGGAUGUGGUGAAAGGACGGCCAAGAAGCCAUUCCAGGUCAACCUCAAAGGAAAAACGUCCCUCAACACCUCAAAAAUGUCGACCGCUCUCUCGUUCCCAGUCCCGUUCUCAGUCCCCUAAAUCACAGAGAAAGUCACUGUCUCCAUCCCACAAGUCUCAGAAGAAAGUUAGCCGUCGUUCCCGAUCUACCUCUCGCUCCCUCAGUCCAAAAAAGAAGGUGUCAAAAUCUCCAAAGAAGUCCAAGUCUCCUAAACGACGAAAGAGUUCCCUGUCCAUUUCCCCAAAGCCACGCCGAAGUUCUCCUACUUCUAAAAGAAGGGGGUCAAGAUCUCCUAGGCGUACAGGUCGGAGAUCCCCCUCCUUAUCUCGGUCUCCAAGGAGGAGUCGUAGGUCAGAGUCACGGUCCCGUGGAACAAAGCGCUCCAGGACCCGUUCACCUAGGCGCAGCGGUGCAGUUAACAGGCGUUCAAAGUCACGUUCUAUUAACAGAACACGUCGCUCUCGUUCUAGAUCUAGACGUCCUAUUCGUCGCUCCAGAUCACGAUCCCCGGCAAGACGCGCUGGAGGCAGACGCUCCAGAACCCGGUCUUUGUCUAGGCGCAGGAGGUCACCACCCCCCAGAUCCCGACGAUCACGCUCCCGGUCAACCCGCAGGAGCAGGCGAACUCGCUCACGUUCCGUUGUAGUACUUAAGCGCAACCGUCGCUCCAGAUCCAGGACUCCUCGCAAACGGACCAAAUCCAGAACCCCUCCCUCUCGACGGCGGUCGAAAUCCCGGUCACCAGUGAGAAGGCGCUCGCGGUCCCCUGCCAGGAGAAACCGCUCACCACCAAGGUCUGCCAAACGCUCCAAAUCUCGCUCAUUGUCUCGAAGGCAUCGAUCAAAGACACGAUCACCACAGCCUGGCAAGAGGAAGUCCAAAUCUCCCAGGAAGAGAAGGUCAAAGUCUAUAUCAGUGUCUGCUGAAGUGAACAGAUCUAAGUCCAGAUCAAGGUCUGCAUCAAGUGAUGGGCAGUCUGACACCUCAUCCCCAGCCAGAUCCACAUCUUCCUCCCCAGUUAAAGAGAACCAGUCUUCCUCUUCUAAUGUGGAACAGACAGUUGGAGAAAAGGCAGUUGGAGAAAAGGCAGCUGGAGAAAACGGAGGUUUUGCAACUACAACAGGUUCUUGGAAACCCAUGCCCUUAGCACCUGUCUCCAGCUGCGAAGCUGGGAGCUCUUUAGAAAAGUUGCAGGAUCAGCUUCCUCCCAGCCCUGACAAAGAAGACCAGAAGGAGCAUAACAGCUCGUCCAAUGAACGGGUUUCCAGGUCCAGGUCAGUUUCCCCAGAGCCGGCCACUGGUCCAGAUGGGUCAGAUCAGUCAGAAGGCUCAGAAGAAGCAGAAGAAUCUCCUGUCAAAGUGAUACCAAACGUCCCGAGAAGCCCCUCUAGGUCUGUAUCUCCAGUACAGAAGAAACAGCUGUCCAAGUCUCGCUCACCUACAGAGGACACGAAACUUUUACGUUCAGCUUCAUCGCCUCGACGUUCAACCUCAAAGCCUGCAUCCAGAAGAAAGCAGUCCAGGUCCAAGUCCCCAGUAAGGAAAAGAGAAUCCGUCUCUCCAUCAGAAAGGAAGAAGCGGCGAUCUAAAUCGCCUGCCCGACGACGGAGGUCACGAUCACGUUCAGCCGCGCGACGCAAGCGCUCACAGUCCAAGUCACGAACCAGGAUCCGCCGCUCUAAGUCCCGCUCUCCAGCACGCAAGAGACGAUCCCGUUCGCGUUCACCCAAUGCCAGGGGAAGGAGGAGGUCCAAGUCGACAGACAGGAAUAAGCGAUCCAAGAGUCGCUCCACGGGCCGAAGGAAAAGGUCCAGGUCAGCAGACAGAAGCAAGCGGUCUAGGUCUCGUUCCUCCGAUCGCAGACGCAGGUCGAGGUCAAGGGGUCGAGGGAGGCGCCCAGUGUUUCGCAGCCGUUCAUUUGAUAGACGGGACAGGUGGAAGAGGGAACCUAGCCAUUCUCCAGUUCUCAUCCUCCGCAAACAACGUCGGUCAGGGUCGCGGACACGGCGCAGUACCAGCAAGACUCCUCCGCGCCUCACUGAACUGGAUAAGGACCAGUUACUGGAGAUAGCCAAGGCUAAUGCUGCAGCCAUGUGUGCUAAGGCGGGCGUUCCCAUUCCUGAGAGUCUUCGGCCAAAAGCCAUCCUCCAGCUUCCCCUGCCCACUCCAUCUCCAACUCCCAUCUCCCUACCCUUACCCUUACCUCUUCCAAUGGGCAUGGGGAUGCCCAACAUGCCGAAUAUGUCUAACAUGGGUCCACUGGGGAUGCCCAAUAUUCCGGGAAUGCCCAGCAUGUCAAACAUCACCAUGAGUGCCGCUAUGGCCAGUAUGACUGCAGCUACUAUGACGGCUGCCUUGACAAACAUGGGUGCCCUGGCAGCCAUGCCCCCACUUGCCCCACUUCCUACCAUUACUAACAAGCCGCCCCCAUGCCUCGCUCCCCCUACACCAUCUCUUAAUCUGGACCACAUUGAGGAAGCAAAGAGGAAGGUCACUCAGCAAGCUAACAUACAUACCAUCAAGGAGCUUACUGAGAAGUGUAAGAUGAUUGCAAAUAGCAAGGAGGAGAUGGCCAUUGCUAAACCCCAUGUCUCAGAUGAUGAAAGCUAAAGCUGCCAAGCCUUCACGAGCUACCCGUCAAAGGACUGAAGGAGUACGUAGGAGAGACGACGUAUCUUCCCACAGGUCCCUCUGUUAGCCAGGUGACUUGAGGAAGAGCAACCCUAGUUGUCACGGUUCCAACGUAGGAGAAUCUGCAGCAGCCACGGCCCCACUCUGCUCCCCAAUUUGUGUCUGUUUGUGUGAGAGCGAGUGACUGGCAGACCUCACCUGUGAUACCACUGAUGACUGGACAUGCUGAUGUGUCAACAGUUGUGUGACUGUACAGUGAGUGUGAGUAUGCGUGUGUAUAUAGUGACUUUCACCACCGAACCCCUCAGUGCUGCUGCUUUAUUCGAGCAGUCGCAAAGACUGAAGAGGAAGAAAAAAAAAAAAAAAAAAUAGUGGCGCAAGUGUUUUUUUGUAAAAGUUCUAAGUUUCUCUAAAUUUGUUUUACCUUUAUGCUUUCUUAAGGAUUGUGAUAGGUGGAGACCGCUUCCUUGUUCUGCUGUAUUCCCCCUCAGUUAUCACUAGUCCCUGGUUUUAUAAGCGAAUAACGCAGAUGAAGUUAGAGAUAGCCGAUCCGUACGCGUGGUUUGAUUUCACACGCUUGGAUCUCCAGAGUAAGAGCGUGACCACGCGUCGUCACUGUAACAAGAUGCCAGAUCCGAUUACUUUGGAGGAAGGGAACAAUUGAGUGUUCGGGCUGUAACAGAAGGUUGUUUGAAAUCUGGCUAUGACAAACAGCAUCUCAAUUCACAAAACACAAAGUAAUUCGGUGGAUGUGCCCUGGGUGGGAGCUGUUUCCCUCUGUUUUUGAAGCAUCAAACUAAUCUUUGACUAUAUUUUGGUAUUUUGUUUGAGCUUUCUUGUGGAUUUUUCCGUUCUGGAAGCAUGUUUUGCUCUAGAUUUGAUUGGACCAUUCAUUUUCAAAGAGUUUUGAGUUAUUUUUAUUUUAAGGUGCACGUAGAGGAUAUUGAUACUUUUUUCUGGAAAUCGCUGACGACAACACUUUAAAAAAUAGAAGAAGAAUUUAGCUGAGUGCAAAGUGUUGAAGGGACUGUUCUAUCAUUUGGACCUGUGGAGUAUUUGAAAACAAUGUUAUCACAAAACCCCCGGUGAUACUUGACAAGUGGGGAAAUAAGAUAUGAUUCAUUGUAGUUUUCCUGAUUAGAAAUAAGGUGGAUAUGCAUAUUUCCUAAAACAUGGAGGUAAUUAUUACUUAUUUAGAAGAACAUUUCUAAUGCAUAACAAGCAGUUUUAGAGCGACAAAUUGUUUACUUUUUUAAAUGUACACUUCAGUGGUGUUUUUUUUUUUUGUUUUUUUGUUUUGUUUUUUUAACACAUGUGGACAACAUAAUUCAUUUUAUAAGCUCUGAGAGUGACGGUUGACUUGUACUGUAUAAUGUGGAAAGUAAGAAGUUGAGUCUGUCCUGAGCCGUGUCACUGUUUAAUGUUUUUGUGAAAUGGACAAUCAGGUUCUUUGUAUCAAGAUGCUCGUUUUGGAGAAAGAACAGUAGCCACGUGAAGUGUACUCAUCCCACUUUGGGUUCGUGUGGCAGACAGGAGAGAAUGGCUAUUGAGAAGAGAACGCGUAAUACUUAGCAAACAUAAACCCAUUUCAUUUGAUCCCCCCAAAUAAGUUCAAUAUCUGCUUUUCCUGUAAAUGGCGUUGCCCUGGCCUGUGUAGAAUGUGCCGGGUAAACAUAUUUCACUGAUGCCGUUUGUCUCAUUGGAACUGAAGAACAAAGACGAACUCGGUGCUUUCGGGGAAACUGACAGGGAAGUGUUUGGACUCAUAAUUCCCAUUUCUGUUCAAUGUAGGGAGGAAUAAUCCAUCCUGCUUCAUCAUCCUCCCAAUGCCCAGGGCUGUUUAACUGUGGAUGAUAACCUGUGAAGGCUUUGUCAGACUUUAACUUUACUUCCUCUGUAGUGUUGGAUUGAUUCCCCCGAUGUAACAACUAGCUGUUUUAAUGACUGAAAAGGAAGAAGAAAAAUGGAUUUUAGGAUCAGUUGUUAUUGUUUUUCUGACAUGCUUGCUUUGUACAUAAAUGUGUUGACGAUUAUUAAAAACCAAUUAUCUGUUUA